GCCGACGACGAAACGAAAACGAACCGCGGACGGAACAGCCAGGCCAGGCCAGAGGUCGCAGGACGAGCAGAGCAGAGCGGUGUUGUGUCGCCUUUUCGUCCGUCGUUUUGUGUGUGUGCUUUUCCAUCUCGCCAGCCGCCGAUCAACUGGGUUGUAAUUGAACACCUAACACUAGUUUUCUUCGUGCUGGAAAAGCCAAGGAAGUUUUCGUUUUUGCCGGAAGUGGUGCUCUACUGGCGAUCGGAUCCGGGAGUGAAGGGUUCCGUGAAGUUGGUGCGCGAGAUUCGAGGGUUUGUUUUGGAAUUGUGAGGGGGAGCUUCCGGAAGUGUGUGUACAGAGUGUGGAUGGUUGCUAUCGGACGGAUUGAUUCAAGCCGGAUUUACCGACAAGGAUUCUUGCGUUGGGGGAAGUAGAAGGUGGCAAUCUCGGAAGAGUGCCACGCCAACAAGAAGUGCACUGUGCGGAUCGAUCCUCUCCUGUAGUGGGAUCACGGAACGCGCCCGAGAAGCAAUUCUCAACCCAAAGCUACCCUUCAAGAUGGAUGCUCUGCCGGAUUCGGUCCAAAUUAGUAAAAAUCGCUCGCUGAUCGUGAUCCGUAGCUAGCUGCUUUGUGCCGCAACCGAAAAAGGAACGGAGAUCCUUUCUGGGUGUGCUUAGAGAACGAAGGAGCGUAGUGCCAGUUAUCAAUUAUUAGUUUGUGUCCUCCAUCAACCACUAGUAGCGAUACAACGUGCAGAUCGAGUCCUUCCAAAAAAGGAGAUAACAAAAAAAGAAGAUUUCGCUGCUGUCAAGAGUUCCACUUGUUGGAGCAUUAGUGCGACGAUCAGAAGAUCUAUCCUCGUAACGUGCACAUAACAUUAGAAAAUAGUGACGAUUAGUCUCACAAUUGCGGUUUAAAGCAACCGACGUUGUCUACCAUUGGGCGCAAAGUAGCUUUUGCGCGGACACGAUGGUCAAAGAAAAGCCCAAUUCAACUCGAAUCUACGAUAAGGACGGAUACCGACGACGAGCGGCUUGCAUCUGUGUGCGGUCCGAGGCGGAGGCAGAGGUAUUACUAGUUACAUCAUCAAGGCGUCCUGAACUAUGGAUAGUCCCUGGCGGUGGAGUCGAACCGGACGAAGAGUCCUCGCUGACGGCUACUCGCGAAGUCUUGGAAGAAGCUGGUGUCAUUGGCCAGCUGGGUAGAUGCUUAGGAAUUUUCGAAAAUAGUGAACACAUGCAUCGAACCGAAGUGUUCGUCAUGGUGGUCACCCAGGAACUAGACGAAUGGGAAGAUUCGAAAACCAUCGGUCGUAAACGACAGUGGUUCACCAUCGAAGAAGCUCUCACGCAGCUGGCACUGCAUAAGCCGACCCAGCGUCAUUAUCUCCUACAGUUGCGCCAUUCGAAGAAUAGCUCGUCAAUGUCUGAAAACUGCAUACACGUGGUAACGGAAGACGUGGACGACGAGCUCGAAGGGGAACCUACUAGUGCGACGACGAAAAUCAACGAAAAUAGGACGACAUCACCACCACCACCUCCAUCGGCAGAGGAAGAAGAACCGACAUCUGCUGACACGGAAGAUCCACCAGCCGCCGAUACUGACGAUCCAUCAGAAACGACCUCCUAAACCGUCUACAACCGUCUGCUUCGAAUAACUUGGUUGAAAAUUAGUUGUUUUUUGUUGUUCCUCUUGGACAAGAGACACUAACAUGUGGGCAAACAUCUAUUGAUCGUUUUUAUUUCUCGUUGUUGCCUUCAUAUCUGCGAUCCCUACUUCUAAAUGUUAAAACACAAACUUCACAUCAUCGGUAUCACCUGUCUAGCACACCAUCAGGGUUUGCGUUGGACUGCACCCAAAUUGUACAUUAUUGCACGACUUUACAAUCACUCAGAGGAAGCUUUUGGAAACAUUUUCGAGUAAUUCUCUUGAUACGAACUCUACAUUUCAACAAUGGCGAGAGAUUUCUAUUUAAUUUUACUGUCUGUAACGUGAAACCAGAAUACUUAGAACGCUACUCAACAAACUGUUUCAAGCUGCAUACACUUAUGUCUCGCGUCCGCCAAUUUUUCCAGCAAAUGCAGAUACCAUUUUUUGGUUGAUCAAACACGCUACAGUAUGCGAUCCUGCUGUUGAUCAUCUAAUAAAACAGAAAUAAUAAAUUAUUACUAAACAGCAACGUAGGCAAAAAUAAAGAAAUUUUAAGAAACAUUCAAUUUAUACAGCAACUAUUUAAAGUGCAUGAAAAUAAAUUAAGAAUAAAAUGUAAUAUUAAACACAAGAGGAAACAAGUGACAUGAAAUGCAACAAACCAUCCUAAAAGUAGCAAGGUGAUCUUCCUUAGUGAAUCAUGCGCGCGAAAACAGAUCAGAAAUUAAAUGCAACUGAAAACCAGCUUACCAAGUCUAAAAAAAAAAGUCAGCCAAAACUUUUUUGCGGCUAAAUUAUCCCCUAAGUCACGUGGAUUGCGAUACUCCGAACCAAUUUGUUAAGCCCAUACAGGAACCGUGUUUUUCUUCGUUUGCUAUCAUUAGAACGAACGAAAGCUCAUCUGAAGUAGUCUCCUUGCCUUCUCUCUAUGCUCCCUUCAAAUGGAUGCGUUUUAAUUGUUUACUAAGAAAAAAAAAUACUUGAGAUUGUGACGCCGGCUUCGUCGGCACAAGUGCGCGUGAUUUUACAUUAUGUUUCAAAAUUGAAAUAAUCGUAUCGGUCUGAGUAAUACUAUAUAGGAGGGAAAGCGCGAACGUAGCGAACAAUAAUGGAGGAGACCUUUUUUAGAGGAUAUAAUGAAACAAGAGUAGCAAAUCGUGAAAGGACAGUGGCGAGCGCAUUCAAAAUAUAAACGAAAGGUGAAUGAUAUAUUAUGGUCGUGCGGUGAGAAAAAAAAUAACACCGGAAGUGAUGAACUUUAGGAUUUCUAAAUUAUACUUUGAAUACUUAUACGGAUAAAUCAUUAUGAAUAAUUUAUUAAUAUUACAGCUGUAUAAUGUAAUUAUUGUCAGGAGAAAACAAGAGAAAAUUUUUCUUUAAAGCAAAAAAUGCAUCAAAUGUAUUUGAAUUUAUU